AUGGGCCUUCUCUAUCUGGUUGGCUUGGCUUCCUUUGUCGCCAACACAACUAUUGACGCCAAUUCGCCUAUUGUAACCUCGAGCGUCGGGGCCCCUAAAGUUUCCAAUCAGUCCUCCUACGAGGUAUUUAACAAGAAGAACCCGGGUCACCAAGCGUCCUGGAUUGAUUCCAUCUGUUUUAACUACGGUUGGUUCGAAGUCAAAGACGCGAUCAAGCAGGCGAUGAAGAAUCCAAAGUCGGUAAAUAUCGCGAAAGAGGAGUAG